AUGGCAACUUUUGCUUCUUCUUCGCUGUCAAGCGACGUUGCCGAUGUAAAAGCCGAGGAACCGGAAAAGGCGAAAUAUGAGCCAAAGAAGUUGCAUACAAAUGAAGUCGCUUCAUUGUUUGAUUUGAAAAGCGAAUACUUCAAGAAGAAAAGUAAUCUUAUUCGAAGCACCGCUGGUGAAAUAUAUCGGUCUGGGAAGAGUAGCGUAUUGGCUAUAAAGAAAGAGGAGAAAACGUCAUUGAAAAAGGAAGCUCAGGAACGGAAAAGGCGCAUUAAUGAGCAUGAAGCAGCACUUCGGAAGGAAGAAGAAGAGCGUCUUGCUCUGGUCGCGAAAAAGCUAAAGGUAUAA